AUGGCUACUUUAACUUCCGUGGUUAAGAGUUGUGAUUACAUCUUAAAGACUCCAAUUUUGAGAAAGGUGUUCCUUCCAGCUGCUAAAGCUUUUGGAUGGGCAUCUGGACACAGAGAAGUUGGUUUGCGUGUUGAUGACCUAUUGAUAGAAGAGACUCCAGUCAUGCAAAAGGCCAUUUCAAGACUUCCAAGUGAAGAGGUUUACGCCAGAAACUUCCGUAUUUUAACUGCUCACCAGCUGACCCUUUCGGCCAGUCUUUUGCCAAAAAACAAGUUUUUGAAAGCGGAAGACGAUAUCCCUUACCUUACACCAUACAUUUUGGAAGCCGAAGCUGAAGCUGCUGAGAAGGCUGAGCUGGACAACAUUCAAUUGGUAAAAAACUGA